AUGAUUGCUGUACUAGAUAUAUUUGGAUUUGAAAAUUUUAAAUUAAAUAGUUUUGAACAAAUUUGCAUUAAUUUGACAAAUGAACAUAUGCAAAGAUUUUUAAAUAAACAUAUAUAUGAUCUAGAAAUACAAGAUUGUCAAUCAGAAGGAAUCGAAACAAUUGAUAUCAACUAUAUUGAUAAUCACUAUGUCAUCGAUACAUUUUUGAAUGUGAGCAAUUAG